UCUCUAUUAUAGAUCGGCGCUCUGAGCCGCCUGACCCACAGUUGGGACCUGCAGCCCGGGACGAGCACAGUAAGCAGCAGGCCUACCAACACUGCAGAAACAAUGCGGUCCCUGUUGCGUGGGACUCUGAUCCUUCUGGCGGUGCUGAACAGCGUGUGCGCUUGGGGCGGGCUGUUCAACAGGUUCAGCCCCGAGAUGCUGAGCAACCUGGGGUACGGGGGUCACGGUGGCUACCGGGCACAGCCGUUCCUACAACGGUUGAGUCCUGCGGAAGUGUUCCAGGAGCUGGAGGAGAACGAAGAGCCAUGUUACGGCAAGAAGUGCACGGCGAAUGAGCAUUGUUGUCCGGGCUCUGUGUGCGUUGACGUGGACGGAAUAGUGGGAUCCUGCUUGUUCUCAUAUGGACAGAAGCAGGGUGAGCUGUGUCGAAGAGACAAUGAUUGCGAGACAGGGCUGCUCUGCACCGAGGUUGCUGGGGAUGGUCGUACUUGCCAACCGCCCACGUCCAAUAAGAAGCAGUAUAGUGAAGAUUGUACCAUGAGCAGUGAGUGUGAUAUUGGGAAGGGACUGUGCUGUCAGCUGCAGCGGCGCCACAGACAGGCACCUCGGAAAGUAUGCUCCUACUUCAAAGACCCACUGAUCUGCAUCGGUCCAGUGGCCACUGAUCAGGUGAAGGACAACAAUAUAGAACACACAGCAGGCGAGAAGCGCCUCACUGGCAAAGUCACAUCUAUGAACGCCUUCAACCAUCUGCGUCGCCGCAAGUAGGCCUACCACACCUCCGUUUCUUAAGACACAAAGCCAGGCAGGCAGGUACUAAGAUGAAUUAUAUUUUAACAGUUGUUAAGAGUCUAUAUCUUGUAUUUGUGUCUAACCCCUCAUAUCAGCCACAAGCAAUAUCAACUUGUGAGAAUAAAUUCUUUAUAUAAAAGAGACUUCUGGUGUGCACACAACAGUUUUUUUUAGUAUCUCAACAUCAAUCAAUUUCAUAAACAGAGAAAACGGCCUUACAUUAUACAAUGUGGUGGUACAUGAGCUCUACCUUUCACGCACUGAGGGCAGAAGCCGUCUUAAUUCUCUGGUCGCUCAAGACGUUUCAAUGAUUAGGGAUUUAAGGAUAAAUUGAGAAAAGCCCUUCUGCUGCAGAAUGUAAACUUGUGCUUGGACAGAAAAAUGUCAAUAUAUUCAUAAAGUAUUGAAAAAUGCUGGCACAUAUACACCUACUUAGAGACAGAAUAGGGAAACUACUUUUCAUUAUCCAUGACAGUCCAUCAGACACUAAUGAGAUGAAUGCUUCAUUUUACCAUAAAUGGCUUCUUUUCAUUUAAGCUUCAGGGUUAUUGCAACCUACAGGUUUUCUUUCUGUGCAGUUACUGUCCCACUUCUAUCUUUCUGUUACAUUACAGAUCCAGUAAGGCCAGCAUAAAAUCCUUCAUCCAUGAAAAUGAAUAUAUUCCAGAAGCUAUUAAAAAGCUCAAUGGACCAUAUGGCUAAUAAUGCAGAACUGAACAUAUUACAGUCCAGAAACUACCAGCUUUUUAACUAUUAAUUGACUUAUCCACUAAAGAAGUCACUUUUUCAAACAGAAAAUGUGAACUUUUCAAUUCCAGUGUCUUUAACUUUUCUUGUGAUACACUGGAAAAUUUCAGAACAGGUGCACAAAAAAAUCUAUAACUGUCAAUAAAUUUAAUAUAUGCCAGGAAAUAAUAAACUUUUCCUGAUACAUCUUCACUCCCGCAAAAAAAUGAAGUAAUAACAGGUAACAUUGAAACCAAAAGUGCAAGAAUAACUUCCAGCCAGCUGGAAUUCCACACUUUUCGUUUGUGUACCACAUAUCAGCAUUAGAACUAGAAAUUCAGGCUAAAUAUAGACCAUUUUACGGAGUUAAAUACCACCAGUUACUGGCUGAGGCAAAGCAUUCUAUACCUUGUAACAAUACUUGUUCCUAAAUGUUCAUCCUGCAUGUUGUGAUUCAGUGUUUUCCUGUGUACUGAAGAGGGAACUUUCUUCUAUUCUAAUUCUGUCAGAGUGUGACAACUUGUGGAUGAGAGGGAGGUGCGCAUUUAGUUAGCCCAACAUUGUAGCAACAGCCUCUCUCAUCCAACAUCUGAAGCUAAACAUAUCACAGACAAUGCAUUGAUUUUAUAGUAUAAAAAAUAAAAGCGCCAAAAAAGAUGUUUUGAAAUCCAAACAUAUCAAAACGUUUGAGAAUGUGACGUACAACAGACAUAUCAGCAUACAUAGAAGCUAAGUUUAUUGUCUCUGUAUUUUAAAAGAAUAUAUAUAUAUAUACUGUUUUAAACAUUUUCUCUUAGUGUUGUAAUAUAAUGUUGUUGACUGCAUACAAACAUACAGAUUGGGCAAACAUUGUACUCUUUUAUGUAUGUUGUACACAAAUAUAAUGAUGUAAUUAUAAUGUAUUCUAGAAAUUUCAGCAAACUUGCAACUGUGUUCUUAUUUCCCAUCAUAAAUGUAUUCUACUGGACCAGCUUCAUACAAGUAGUCACAGGUAUGAGCCAUAAAAUAAUAUUCUUUACUUAUUCACAGCAACAGUUUACAUCAAAAUAAAGCAAUAUAUUCUUAUUAUUAAGUUUCCAAGGCCAGUUACUAACACAUAAGAUCAGCUUUUGGGAUUAAGCCAUAUGGUUUCUUGCCAUCUUUCCAUUCUUUCAACAAGCCCUGCAGUUGUCAUUUUCAUGAAAGUGACUGAUAUAUUCUUGUUCCUAAGUUUCUGCAGCUGGUGUCUUAUGUGUAAGAUUGUUUUUUGGUUUAUAAUUAUAACUAGUUUAUACAACUAUUACUGUACUGAUAGCAUUUAUUCUCCAAUUUUAUGGAACCUAACCUGAAGAAAAAUUGAAAUACUCAGUGCUGAUGACACCAACUAAUGUUCAACAAAACCUUAAUACUGGCCUUCAUUUACUGGUUUCGGUAUGUAUUGCCAUGUUAAGCCAAACCCUGCCCAGAAAUUUCUAAAUAAUAACAAAUUAUACUAAAAAUGGUAUAUUUAAAUUCAGUUUUUGAGUACCUGCACUAUUAACAAUAUAAACAAAAAAUACAUGUGUCUAUGUAGCAUGUAUCUAAUGGAUCACCAUGAACUCAAAUGAAUAACUACUUUCAGUAGAGGCAUCUAACUGAAAACUUCAUUCAGUUUAGUUGCAUAUCUUGGGAGAAAGAACAUAGAAUACGCAAAUAUAAUUCUCCAACCAUACCUGACAAAUAUCUAGGAUUCAUAUUAGACAGAAAAGCACUUUUUGGAUCACAUGUACAUAUUAUGCUGAAGAAAACAUACGGGUCAGAUUUUUUCAAUUACAAAUUGAAGUUCAGGUGUUGUAUGAGGGGUAGGCCUUCUCAGCCCUUGCACCACGACCUACAGUAGUCUAUUGUGCUUAAGUUCAGGGCUGCAUUACAUGUCUUCAACUAUACCAAAAUUAAUGCCUGAAAAUCAUCUUAAGUGUCAAGAAUGAGGGCCACAAAACAUUAUACAGGGACCUAAAGAUAGGUACCAUUUUGGCCAUGUAAAUGUGUGUCCAAAAACCAGAAGGUCUCAAUUCAACAGUAUGUACUGAAAGCAUCAUUAAAUAAU